CAGGCGCGCAGUAACAGCCUACACGUAGCUAAGAGAGCGAGUGCGCGGAGCGGAGAAGAGUCUGGCCGACCGGAGCGUCCGCGCGAGGCAGCCAAACCGCUGUUUGUCAUUAGCUGAGAGCUCGACAGAGGUGGGACAGAGGAGAUAGAGAGAGAGAAAGAGAGAGAGAGAGAGAGAGAGAGAGAGAGAGAGAGAGAGAGAGAGAGAGAGAGGAGGAGUGUACGGUCCCGGUUCUAAUAGACACUCCGGCCUGAGGAAAGAAGAAGAAGAGACCACCGGACCCCGGGAGAGAGAGAGAGCGAGUGUGUGAGUGAGAGAGAGAGAGGGUGGGAGACUGACAGGCGUAACAGAAAGUAGAUGAACCGAAGCGUCGACAUGAGCGGUCAGUUUGAGGAAGAUAUCCACGACCGGGUCGAGAGGAAGAGCAGUAAAUCCCCGACGCUGCUCUCCUCUUACUGCAUAGACAGCAUUCUGGGCCGCAGGAGUCCUUGUAAGGUCAGACUGAUAGGGGCGCAAAGUUUGACGGGUCUGCCCGGCAGAGGAGAGCUCGACAAGACGGCUGACAGGCCGACGAAAGACCCCCUUUCUCCAAGCACUGACAUGCACCUGCCACCCAAGCUCCGCCGGCUGUACGGAGCCGGGGGGAAGUACCUCCACGACCACGCGGAGACGCUGGACAGGGACAGCCUCAAAAUCAGCCAGGCGCCGCCGGUGAGCAUCAGUCGCAGCAAGUCCUACCGGGAGAACGCGUCGCUAAGCCGGGGAGAGGGCGACCAGAGCCCCGGGGAGGGCUCGGAGGACGGCAGCCUGGGACUGGUGGAGCUCGACCCGUUGAAAUUCGAGGAGGACGCAGGGAAGGAGGAGGAGAGCUGCGGGGACGUUGCCGCUCUGUCCCCGAAGGACGAGGAGAGAGAGAGCUUGAACGCCGGGGAUGGGGACGUGAGGGACGGGGAGGACAGCGUGUGUCUGUCGGCGGGCAGUGACUCGGAGGAAGGGAUGCUGAAACGGAAGCAGAGAAGAUACAGGACUACCUUCACCAGUUACCAGCUGGAGGAGCUGGAGAGGGCUUUCCAGAAGACCCACUACCCGGACGUCUUCACCAGAGAAGAGCUGGCAAUGCGUCUGGAUCUUACCGAGGCCCGUGUUCAAGUGUGGUUUCAGAACCGCAGGGCCAAGUGGAGGAAGCGCGAGAAGGCCGGGGUGCAGGCCCACCCGUCAGGCCUGCCGUUCCCGGGCCCCUUGUCAGCGGGCCACCCUCUCAGUCACUACCUGGAGGGAGGGCACUUCCCUCCUCACCACCAUCCUGCCCUUGAGUCCGCCUGGACAGCUGCUGCAGCUGCAGCCGCUGCCUUCCCGGGCCUGGCCCCACCACCCCACAACGGCGCUGCUCCACCACUGGGCACCCCACUCGGCCUGGGCACUUUCCUGGGCACGGCCGCCAUGUUCCGCCACCCUGCCUUCAUUGGACCCACUUUUGGCAGACUCUUCUCCAGUAUGGGUCCCCUGUCCAGUGCUUCCACCGCUGCAGCUCUCCUCCGUCAACCGGCCCCUCCUGUAGAGAACCCCUCCCAUGCGGGCCCCAUCCUCCCUGACCCUUCCUCCUCUUCCUCCGCCCCUUCUUCUGCAGCCGCAGCAGACCGCAGGGCCUCCAGUAUCGCCGCGCUGCGCCUCAAGGCCAAGGAACACUCGGCUCAGCUGACCCAGCUUAACAUCCUGCCCAACGGAGCCGCAGGGAAGGAGGUGUGCUGAACACUCAACACCAGCUCUAGACCUCCCUGUCCCGGGCUUAUUUCCCAUUCCAUGACGCCCCCGUCCCCCUCCAAAAACCCACUCAUACCUCUGGAGGUUGAUGUCCUGAUGUCCCCUUGUUCAACCAUCGCUGUUACCUCAUGUUUCCCCAACAAAACAGCACGACCAAAUUCAAAAGAGCACUGCCUAAAAAAAGAGCGUUUGUGUGUGUGUGUGCGUGUAUUUGGUAAUUACGGCUAUUGUAACAUUGUUUUACACUCCAUACAAAAACCUUUCAGAAUGACAGUCCAGUAACUUCGCUAAUAUCCAAGUUUUUAACUAUAAUGCAAUAUUUUACGACACAGCAGGUAAAUAGCUUUUUAAGACAUUGUGUUAUGUUUAAACAUAACAAAAUACACAGUGCCAGUGGAUGAAUGUAAAUAACUUCUAUUAUUAUUAAUAUAAGCACUGUACUUAAGUACAAGUUGGAGGUAGCUGUACUUUAGUAUUUCCAUUUGAAUACUUUAUACAUUUUAGAUGGAAAGACUGUACUUUAUUCUACACUACAGUUAGGAUUUUACAUAUGAAACAAAAAUAAGCAAUAUAUUGGACUACCCAACAGUGUGUAAAAAAGUUAAAAAUAGAUUUAUUUGACUAACUUCAACUGUGACACACUUAAACAUUAACACAUUAGUUAUAAUAAUUCAGUAAUAUAUUAAAUAGUACUAUCACAGGGGCCAUUUUUCUGCAUUGAGUACUUUUACUUUUGAUACUUGAAGUACUUCUUGCUUGUAAUUUGUCUGUAAUUUUACUUAAGUAACAAAGUAACAGGACUUUUACUUGUAACAGACUAUGGUUUGGCUACUUCUACUUAAGUAGAGGAUCUGUCAACACACACACACGCACACACACACACACACACACACAAAGCUGAAGAACCGCAGGGGAACCCAGACUUUAAGAAAGGACUCUUGUGCUACUUCAAAUGUGGACAACUCAAGUGCUCGACAUGCUUAAUCUGUAUGCAUUGAUGUGGGCUGAGCCAGUCUGCGUCUGUAAUAAAAGGGGAGUUUGAGGAGGUCCGAGGUCCCCCCCCCCCCCAGAACCAAAGGAAAACUGUCCAUAGACCUUCCAUAGCCUUCUCUACAAGCCUGACUCCUCUCCACUGCUCGCCUGUCCACCAGUUGAGACUCAGCAUCACCACUGGGUGUGGGUGGGUGUGUGUGCACACAUUUUUUUAAUUUAAUUUUUUUUAAAUCUCCUAAUCAAACCGGAGUUAGUUGAGGUUGUCUCCAGCACCAUGAUUUCCCUAAAUUCACUUCAAUUUGAGACGUCCUCCUGCCUGUCCUUGAUGGUCGCAGCAGUGGCGUUGUUACUGAGUGUGACUCCAGGACACGCGAGCAAAGUUGAGAUCCGAGGUGUGUCUUUAACGACAUGACUGUGUGAAAGAAAACUGUACAUAUUGUGUAAAAAGGA